AAACUUUACUGAUGCUCAAGAAGUAUGCAAAUAAACAAGAUGACCGGAGCAAUCAUUCUUCAUCAAAACACAUUCCGUCAUCUACUGACAAAGAUGAUCUUCUUAGUAAUGAACAUCUUCAGGAUUGCCUUGGAUCACGGGAAAAACAGACAUUUCCUGAUAUAGACUAUACUUUUUUCGGUUACAAUAUUUCAAAAGGUUAUCCGCAUGCCAUCGGUCAUGAUCCAGGAUUUACUUAUCCAAUUUUUGAAACAGACUAUAGUGAAAAGAGACAGUCCGGAGACUGUAGAUACUUUAUACCCCGAGGAUUGGUUGUUGUUCCUGAUGUGUCAUGCGCACUUUCAUUCUCGUCAAAAACUGUAAAAAAUAUGCUCGAAUUGUCUCAGGCUUUAUCUGUAUCGACUAGUGUUCAUGGCGGAGGUUGGGGUGUCAAUUUUUCUGCGAGUGCUGGAUAUAAAGAAUCGUCCAAUGAAAUGUCUUCAGGCGAAUCAAUUUACAUAUUUUCCAAGGCAAAGUGUAGAUACUACUUUACUAAAAUGCUGACAGAAAAUCCUCCUCCAUUCACUAUCGCUUUUCUUGAUUGGGUUUUCAAAUUGAACAGUACGAAUACUAAAGAGACAUAUAUCGAUUUUUUUGAAACAUUCGGAACUCACUACACUACAUAUACGUCAUUUGGCUCCAGAUUUACUUAUCAAUAUAAAAUGAGUUCAAAAAGCUAUCAAUCAGAAAAAGAAAAUGGAUUUAAUGUUGAGGUUGCAGCAAGUUAUUCUGGACUUUUCAGUGCUGGGGCAGAUUUUAAUAUGGACUCAUCCCAAAAGGCGGCUGCAUCACGCUUUUCGGAAUUGGUCGAAACGAAAACCAUCACAGUUGGAGCCUCACCACCAGAAGAUGGGAAAGCUUCGACCUGGGCAUCAACUGUCAAAGAUAAUCCAGUGCCAAUAGAAUACAGUCUGGAAUCAAUCGAAAAUCUCUUUACGAAAAAUUUCAUGAGUCGAUUGGAUGUAGAUUGUGACAGGAUUCGGUAUAAUAUAAAAGAAUAUAUAUCUCGAUUAGAGUAUUGUAAACAUUUGAAAAACACUGGACAAUUAGAUACUUGUGAAAUUGUAAGACCAGGAUUCAGUAAAAUAAAAACUUUGAAAAAAACGAGGCUUUAUUAUCAUUACAAAAGGGUGAACUUUUCGACACUUAAAGAAUGUGCAGAGAUGUGUCUCAAGGAAAUUAAAUGCAAAGCCAUCACACAUUGUGUACAUUAUUGUAAUGAUGACUAUUGUUAUAUGUAUGAUCAUGGUGGAUGGAAUACUAAAUGGAAAUCAGAUAAGGCCUAUAAUCCCUCUGAUCCUAAUGUACACUGGUUCGAUGUUGCAGGCAUUGAGAACAAAGAAUGGCAAAGUGCAGUAUUUUCAACUAAAAUUCAACAGCCUAUGAUAUUCAAUGCCACCAAUAUUAAAGGCGUAUUUCGUUCAUCAUUCAGUUUGAAGGAAAUGUAUACGCAGAGUUCUUGUAAUUCUCGGUGUGAGAACGAUGAUUUUUGUGCGGCAUAUACAUUUAGUUCCUCCGCGGAUACAAAUAUGAAAUGUCACCUUUAUACAGAAAGUGGAAUACAGGGACUUUUCGAAGAUUUUGAGACCAACACUUAUUUCAUAACUAGUGUCAAAAUUCCUGACUCUAAACUGAAAGAUCGCUAACACUUGCUUUUGAUCAACUAUGUAGAAAGAAUGUUCCAUUUCGAUACGUUAUCGCAUAUACACUAUACCAAAAUACACUUUUCCUUUCUCUCAGUUUCUCAAAUUUAAUUUACCAGUUUAUGAAAUUUCCAAGUAAUGUUCGAACUCUAUGUAACGUUUGCAUUGUACAAAGACUUUGCAAAUAUUGACAAACGUUUACUCUGAUUUGUUUGUUUUUCUAUAUUAAAAGUGUUGUAAAUACGUUAAAAGCGCGCCUACUUUAUUUGUUUGUUAUACAAUUGGAAGUUUUGAUUUGUAAAAUCUUGGAUUGCAAAAGUUAAGUCACAGCCAAACGAACGCUUUUUAAAGGAGGGGUAAAAAAUAAUUAAGGUAAAACAAAAAUUAUUUCGGGGAAAAAAGGGUAGUUUUUGAUUGGCUACCAACUGGCACAAACGUCUUGUUUUGAAAAAUUUAGAUGUUUUGGAAAUUUCAUCAUGAUAAAGUACUUAUUUCCAAGCACAAUAAAUCAAUAAAUUUGAAUGAAACUGCAGGUUAAAUUCUAAGAAAUUAAAUUAAGAUAGUUCCCGGUCAAAACAAAAAUAAAUGAGGUAAGAAUGACUACCUCUUAAAUGCUUUUGUACAGAUUCAGUGAUAUUUAAGUUUAAAAUAUCAACUAUGUCCUUUAACUUUAUACGUUUAAUGGGGUUUGCCAAGAUGCAUGGAGAUAGUAUAACUGGAUGAACUAUGCAGUCGUAUCAUAUGAGUAUAGGCUCAUGACGGAAGAGGAGUACAGUGAUUUUCAUAAGAAUGACAUUAUUUUUAUAAACACCAAAUAUAUUGUUUAUAAACAAUAAUCAAGCAUCAUGACAGUUUCACGUACAGUUCUGUCAUUUUCUGAGUUUUUUUUUACAAACUGUCAUU